UUGGCGGCGAGGGAGCGUGCCGGAAGAGCGCGUUGGCAAGCGGUUGUUCUGCACUGAGAGGCGAGGGGGCUCCGCUCAAAUUAUUGCUCAUAACUGUAAAUUACGGUAUUAAUUCGUUGUCGUAUGACUCGUGAUGUCGCUGCUUUAAAGGCGACCGCUGGAGAAACUCCCGAAACUCGUCUCUGCAGCUCAGAAGUGUGUGUUUGGCAGUGUGUUAACACAGCCGAGGGCAAGACCCGACUUUCCAGAAUGAAGCAGCGCUCAGGGUUUGCCAGUCAGAACAUCGCAGGAAUGAGAGCCAGACUAGAAGGGCGAUGAAGACGCGCUCCUCCUCCCCGCCGCUGCACGUCCACGUGGAUGACAGCACCCCCGUGCACGUGCACGUCAGGAAGUGCCCGAAGACCUCGCCCUCCAAGGCUGCCCAGCUGAAGAUUCAGGAGGCGCAGACGAAGAAGGAUGCGGGGAACCUGCGGGCGACGGCCCGGGUGAAGACCCGGGUGCCCUGGAUCCCCCCGGGGAAAGGCUCUCUCCGGGAGUCCGCCUACAAGUGGGAGGGUGCAGUCAGGGGUCCCCAGCGCAGUAGCUCUCGUGCGGCUCGUGUCUCUCAGGGGCCCACGCACCGCCUGGAGAUCACCCCGGCCGCGGAGCCCGAGCCCGGGCAGGCGGCGCUGCGGCUGGCCGACCUCUCCACCGACGAGGAGGAGGCCCUGCACGGCCGCAUCAGCCAGUACGAGAGGAAGAUCGACAGCCUCAUGAACGAGGUCGGCAGCCUGAAGAGCGAGGUGGAGCUGCGGAAGAAGGAGCAGCUGCUGGAGAGGCGUGCGGAGCAGCUCAGCGCCUCGCAGAAGGUGAUUGAGGAGCAGGAGGAGGAGCUGGCCGAGGUGACCAAGGAGCUGGCCGUGACCGAGCGCGAGAACAGCCUCCUGAGGCACAGCAUCGAGAAGAUGAAGGAGGAGACGGACUACAGCAGUUCUGAUCAUCUCAAAGGACAGGACAGUAACGGGCUGGAGAAACAGCACCUCCUGCUGGAGAAGGACGCCCUCCUGAAGAAGCUGGUGGAGGCGGAGAUGGACGGGGCGGCGGCAGCCAAGCAGGUCUCUGCGCUGCGGGAGACCAUCGGCAGGAUGAGGACGGAGAAGCGCAUGUCCAGCUCGGACGCCUCCCUGCUGGCCCGGCAGAAGGAGCUGCUGAUGCAGAAGCUGGAGACGUUCGAGAGCACCAACCGCACCCUGCGCCACCUGCUGAGGGAGCAGCACGGCCGCGAGACGGACGCGAUCAGGCUCUCGGAGCAGAAGGAGGUGCUGCUGAAGAAACUGGCUGACAACGAGGCAGAUAACACCCGUCUUCUGUUGAAGCUUCAGGAGAAGGAGAAAGAGCUCGACCAGCUCCAAACGCAGCUGGAGACUGAGAAGGAAAACGCCAGAACGACAGGGGAGCUGUCCAAGGCGCUGGAGUCCACCAGGGCCCACCUGCAAGGCCAGCUGCGCAGCCGAGAGGCUGAGAACAACCGUCUGGGAGUCCAGAUCCGGACCCUGGAGCGCACGCUGACGCAGCAGCAGGGGGAGAUGGAGCACCUCCUGGAACAGCUGCGGGAGCUGAAGCAGCGAGCCGACGCGGACAAGGAGGCGCUGAAGCGGGCCACGCGCGCGCAGAAGCAGCGGGCGGAGCGCAGCGAGGACACCGCCGGACAGCUCAGCGCACAACUCAUGGAAAAGGAGACUCAGCUAGCAGACGCCCUGUCGGCCUCAGAGAGCUGGCGCAGUCGCCACGCCCAGGCUGUGAAGGAUAAGAGCCAGCUUGAGAUUGAAGUCACUGUCCUGAACAACCGAGUCACGGACCUGAUGGAUCAGCUGCACGGCGCGGAGGACAAGUCCCGGGCGGAGAGGGAGGGCCUGCUGGACAGACUGCACCGCCUCACCUCCGAGAGCACGGCCGGCCGCCUGGAGAGCCAGCGCCUCAAGGCCAGCCUGUCCGCAGUGGAGGAGAAGCUGACUCUGGCCCAGUCUGAGGUGCAGCAGCUGAAAGCGUCGGUCAAGCAGUACGAGAGCCUGGUGGAGAGCUAUAAGACACAGGUGCAUAAGACGCGCGCGGAGGCGGACGAGUACUGCCUGCGGCUGCAGCAGGCGGGCCAGGACGGGCAGGCGGCGCGCGCGGAGCUGGGCCGCGAGGUGGAGCUGGUGCGGGGCCAGCUGCUGGGCCGGCUGGCCGAGCUGGAGCCGCUGCCCGAGCUGCUGAGGCGCCGCGAGCUAGAGCUGCAGGCGGCGCAGGCGCAGGCGCAGGCCUGCGAGAGGAGGAGCGCCGAGCAGGCCGCCGCCCUCGCCGAGCUGCGCGGCAAGGUGGAGCAGCAGGGGGGCCAGAUGGAGGGAGUCCGGGAGAGGAACAUGGCCCUGCUGGAGGAGAACAAGCAGCUGCACCUGCGCGUCGACAGCCUGGAGAGGAAGCUGGAAGAGGCCAAUGCCCAGAACAGAGACCUGGUGCAGGUGAUCGCCAAGAGGGAGGAGACCAUCCAUAACAACCAGCUGCGGCUGGAGGAGAAGUCCCGUGAGUGCAGUACACUGGCCCGGCAGCUAGAGGGAGCCCUUGAGGACGCCAGGCGCCAGGUGGAUCAGACCAGGGAACGGGCCGUCUCCAAGGAACGCGCCGCCCAGGGCAAGGUUCUGGACCUGGAGACCCAGCUGAGCCGCACCAAGACUGAGCUGAACCAGCUCCGUCGGACCAAAGAGGACGCCGACCGCCGGUUCCAGAGCCGGCUGCAGGACAUGCGGGACCGCCUGGAGCAGUCGGACAGCACCAACCGCAGCCUGCAGAACUACGUCCAGUUCCUCAAGGCUUCCUAUGCCAACGUCUUCGGAGACCCGGCCCUGACCAGCUCCGCCCUGCGGCCCCCCUCUCCCAUCUGAGGGCCCCUCCGGCGAGGCUUCAGCUUCUGUUGGCCGUCCUGUCUUCCGCCACAGCCUGAGGCCUGGCCUCGCUCCUCACUGCUGUGUCCAGUGCUCCUGGGUAUUCUCGUUUCAUACGGGUUGUUCCAGGUGAAAAUCCAGCAUGGUUUACAAUAAAUGCCAAAACGUGCGUCUGUCGUCAAGACCCUUGUGAUGGCGGGUGUCUCACUGCGUGAUGUGGUUUCACUGAUUUACAAUGAUUAGGAUUGUUGCAGCAGUUGCCGUUUGAAAUCUCUCAGGUGCUUUCACUGAACGGCCUAUGGAAAGACAGAGGAGCUGCCUUUAGGAAUGUCAACUACAGAUGCUGCUCUGCUGAAGUAAAGGGUAUCGUGUCACUGUUUUGUCAAAACUGAGGCCGGUUUGAACUCCCUCCAUCCUCAAGCACCUUGUCCACUGUAGGAAGCCUUGAAGUGAAUCCUUUCAGCAGAUUCCUCCCAACCCAUUUGGAAGGGGUUCAUAAAGGGCUAAUGAAGUAUUCCAUUAACUAAGAAGGUGCUAUUCAGUGAUUCUGCACUAGUCUGAUAGUUUUUGUACCGUAAGAAUAAUCAAGAAUUAAACUUUGGUUGUCUGUUUGUCAAUGAAUACAGUGGGAUAGGGUGUGGUUUUAUUAAAUGAGUAAAAAUGA